UCUCCUCGUUUCUAGGCCGUUCACCAUGAACGUGGCUGUUCUCCUCCUCCUGGGGCUGGGGCUGUUGGAGGCGGAAGGCAGGUGUGUCUUCAAUCGGACUGAGGAGCACUGUGUGUGCUACAGCCUGUCCGAGGAGAGCCUAAGCAGCAUCAUCCAGUGCCUCCCAGCCUCUGUGGUGGAGUUUUGGGGGGGAGAGCUGGAGAGAUACAUAGCCUUCCCCAUCAGCGACUUGAACCCCUCUGCCAUUGAAACGCUGGGCUCCCUCACCAUCAGGAAAAUAAUUUUUGGUGACCUCCUGGUGCCUGAGAUACUCCUCGCCCGAGUCCUGAGGUUCUUCUCCUACACCCAGGUGCAGGAGCUGGUGUUUGAGAGCUGCAUUUUCGAGGGGAGAGGAAACUGGGCUGACAUGGCUGGCCAGCGCUUGCCCAUAUUGUCCCUGCGCUUCCGCAAUGUCACAUCUGCCCUGCUGAUGGGCUGCGAGCAGGACUUCUCCAGUGUGAGCAGCUGGCUGGAGACCCUGCAGGAGCUGGCUCUCACCGGCUCCCAUGUCACCAGCCUGCCCUGUGCCAUCGGAAGGGUCUUCAGAGCGCUGCGCUCCCUGGACGUGGCACAGAACAGCCUGGGCGAUGAGAGCUUGAUGCCCGCCUUCUGCGAGGGGGCUUUCCCUGAGCUCCAGGUACUGAGUCUGCAGCACAACAACCUGACCUCCUACCACGGCGUGUGCCAAAGCAUGCAGCUGCUGCGUGAGCUCCAGCACUUAGACCUCAGCCAGAACAAGCUCGUGGCGACCUGUCCUCCUCCUGCCACCCUCCGAAUUUUUAACUUGUCCGACACUGGCUUGGAUGAAGUCCUCACACCUCUGCCUCCCAGUCUAGAGGUGCUGGACAUGAGCUGCAACCACCUCCAUGCCGUCGACAUCUCCCUCAGCUCCCUGAAGAAGCUCUUCCUGAGCCACAAUGUGCUGCAGGCUGCCCCCUCGGUCAGGAAUUACCCCAUGUUGGACACCCUCCACCUGGACAACAACUUGAUUACAGAGCUGCCGUGGGAUGAGGUGAAGCUCCUGGGGUACCUGAUGGAUGUGACUGCGGCUGGCAACCCCUACAACUGCUCGUGCCCUGGGGCCGGGGGGCUCCAGGCGCUGGCGGGCAUGGGGCACCUUGGGCAGGGCUGGCCCCAGGACUACACGUGUCGCUCCCCGCCUCACUACCGGGGCAGGCUGGUGAAGGACGUGCUGGUCUCGGUGCUGCAGUGUAACAGCGCUGUGGUUAUCGCCCCUGUCUGCGUUGCCCUCGUCCUGCUCAGCGUGGCGGGGGCCGUCUGCCUGGUCAGAUCCAGGCCCAGGCUUGUCCGAUCCUGCUGCAGAGUGUGAAGGGGAUGUGUGACCAUUCCCACCAGUGCUUCCCCCCUGCAGGGGCUCAGUCCCGGGGGCUGCAAGGCCAGGAGCUCUGUGGGAAGACUUGCAGGACCCCCAAGUCCUGGUGGGGCUCUCCCAGUGUCCCCAGUCCAGGCUCCCCUGUGGAGUAGGACUGUCCCCAGCGUUAUCCCACAAGUGGCUGUGGCUUUGUCUGUCCCAGAUUUUGGGGAACCCCCCCGAGCAAAGUCCCUUGCCCUGCUCUGUCCCGGGGCUGCACCCCCCUAGAGUGGUUUUCCUUAUGGCCAGCUUUUAACUCCCCAAGCCCCAACAUGCCCCCAUGAUAUCAUCUACCCCGAACGAGAGUUCAGCUCCGUCGCGUGUGCACCACUGCAGCAGUGCCGAGAUGCCCCAAGCCGCACUGGGUCCUGGUGGUCCCUGCCCAGAGCCCCCCCCUGCACCUUGUAGCCCUGUGGCCCACAGCCCAGCAGUCCUUGCAGCCUCGGUGGCCUGAUCCAUGGCUGGGCCGUGGCUGUGAGGAUGGCUGGUUUGCGAGGAUGGCUGCUUGCCUGCUGUUCAGCAUAAGAGAAAAACCACAAAAGGCAGGAAAAAAUAAAGGAAAUGCCCCCAUACACAAACGCUAAUGAGCCGGAGGUCACAGGGGCAGCAACCAAGACCCGAGCUCUCAAGGCACUGGUGGACAGACCCUGAAGAGGCUCAGCCAGUAACUUUUUAACUUUUUCUAAGAAGAAAAUGGGU